AUGGACCUGUUCUUUCCGAAGCUCCUGGCUCGCUAUGAUCUGCGUACGAGUGAGUCCUUCGACUGCCAGGAUGGCUUCGGUUACGGUGCCUUCCAGAAGCGCCUGUUCAUUCUUCUUAUUCUCGCGUCUUUUUCGGUCAUCUGCCAAACUUCUAUUGCAACUCACGUCUUCGGUGACGUGGACCAUUGGUGCAAGCGGCCCAGGGGCCUAAACAUUUCUCUAGCCGAAUGGAAGAACAUAGCCAUACCACUAGAAGCCGACGGAAGGCUUAGCCAAUGCCGUGUCUACGAGCGCUGCAUGCCUCCGGUUGACCUCAACCUUCCAAACAGGCAACGGGUGGACAGCGGCAUGCGAGAACAGCCGGACUGGUGGUAUAAUGACUGCCUGAACACUGGCCCAGAAGCCGCCAACGACACGCGAGAGAAGUUCUGCCAAGAAUGGGAGUACGAUGACUCAGUGGCCGAUUCUACAGCGGUGACCCCUUGGAACUUGGUCUGUCAUCGACGCCUAUUAAGGAUCGCUGUCGUAGCCCUGCAAUAUGCGGGCGCCGUCCUGAUUCUCGUUAUAUCUGGAAUAUACGCGGACUCGCUAAGUCGAAGGAGGUGUCUCUUGGCGUCCGCUGCAGCGUUGUCGACCACCACGGUCUGCAAUUUUCUGGCGAACACCUAUUACCUUUACGCCGCGGCACGCUUCCUUGCCGGAGGCUUCGUGGCCGUGAACGAAGUCUUCAGCACCGUGAUCCCGUUCGAAGUAACGGCGCACGCUCACAGACCACAGCAAGUCAUCCUGUGGCAAAUGGUGGGCAUCUUGCUGGCCUGA